AUGUCGUUCUUCGGAGGCUCAACAACCUCCGCACCGGCCUCCACAGAAAAAGACGUGGAAGUAGCCGACCCGCCACCGGACUCAAUCUCCAACAUCUCGUUCUCGCCCGUCGCGGACUUUUUGGCUGUUGGGAGUUGGGAUAAUAAUGUACGAAUAUACGAGGUCGGAGCGAACGGGCAGACUCAGGGAAAGGCGAUGUAUCAACAUCAAGCGCCCGUGCUGAGCACCUGCUGGUCCAAGGAUGGCACAAAAUUGCUAUCGGGCGGCUGCGACAAUGCAGUGCGAUUAUUUGAUAUCUCGACGGGCCAGAGCUCGCAAGUGGCGCAGCAUGAUGGCCCGGUGAAGGUCGUGCGGUCGAUUGAGACACCGCAGGGCAGCAUAAUUGCCACCGGUAGCUGGGAUAAGACCGUCAAGUAUUGGGACCUGCGAAGUCCCACCCCAAUAUCCUCCGUCACGCUCCCUGACCGCAUCUACACAAUGGACGUCGUCUACCCCCUCCUAGUCGUCGGCACCGCCGAACGUCACAUCCAGAUCUUCAACCUCACCAACCCCACACAACCGUUCAAGACGAUGAUGAGCCCGUUGAAGUGGCAGACGCGCGUCAUAUCGUGUUUCCCGGCUGCGAAUGGGUUCGCGGUGGGUAGUGUGGAGGGCCGCGUGGCCAUUCAGUACGUCGAAGAUAAGGACAGCCAGAACAACUUCUCGUUCAAAUGCCACCGCAAAGACUCGACGCCAAACACGAAAGACCAGUCCCUGGUCUUCGCCGUGAACGACAUAACCUUCCACCCCCAACAAGGCACAUUCUCGACUUGCGGCUCGGACGGCACCAUCAACUUCUGGGACAAGGACGCGCGCACACGUUUGAAAAGCUUCGACCCGUGCCCCGGCCCGAUCACGAGUACCGCGUUCAACCAUACCGGCGCGAUAUUCGCGUACUCGGUUGCGUAUGACUGGAGUAAAGGACACUCGGGCAUGACGGCGGGUCAUGUCAAUAAGAUCUUCUUGCAUCCGGUCAAGGAUGACGAGGUCAAGAAGAGGCCGGCGAGGAAGUAG